AUGCAAGCUGGAGAUCUAGCUCCAUUUAUCCAAAAUUGUCCCGAGGACCUCGAUGUGAUUCUUCCAAACGGGAUGGUCUCAGUUAGCGUUGACUGGAUAGAGCCUACAGCAUCAGACGACGUCGAUGGCGUGCUCGAUCUCGUCACCAACUACAAUCCUCGAGAAUCCUUCAAUCUAGGAAUCACACAGGUUGUGUACAAUGCCACAGACAGCCAACAACAGUCAAUAUUUUGUGUGUUCAACGUCGAAGUAUCCCAAACAGCGGAUACAACUUCACCAGUCUUCAUGAACUGCCCUUCGACCGUGACCCGCCAAUUGCCAAUCGGGGAGGAUACCGCUUCAGUAACAUGGACAGAACCGACUGCAACGGACGACGAUGGUCAGGUUACAGUUGAUUCUACAAGAUCUCCGGGGGAUAAUUUCACCGUUGGGACAUCGCAUGUGGUCUAUACUGCAACCGACGAGGCUGGACUGCAAUCCACGUGCGACUUUAAUGUUAGGAUAAAAGCUACAGAGGAUCAUAUUCCACCAGUGGUAUCCGGUUGUCCAUUUGCUGCUGUAGCUGAAAUAAGUGGUACAUCCACAGUAGUCAGAUGGUCUAUUCCAACAUCUGCCGAUGGUAGGCUAGUCGAAUCACCGACUCUCGGCAGUCCUGGAGAAUUCUUUCCACAGGGUGUACUUGGGCCUGAAUAUUAUAUUUUCAAUGACACCGCUGGAAACAUAGCCGCGUGUCCUCUGUAUAUUUUUGUCGUAGACCGUUCGGACACGGUGGGACCGACAGUGUCUUCCUGUCCUUCCGAUGUGACCGUUACUGUUGAACCGGGGAUCUUCACUAUGGCAGCAACCUGGACGCCCCCAUCCGCAACUGAUGACGUCACAUCCCAGGGUAAUAUAAUCCAGAUAGUUACGAACGACCCAGGAGAUUCUUUUGGAGUGGGCACAACUCCUGUGACGUAUGUCUUUCUGGACGAGCAAGGGAACAAUGGGACAUGUCAAUUCAACGUUGUCGUAAUCCAAACCGAUGGAGACACCGUACCUCCCGUAUUUUCUGGAUGUCCACCUAAUAUUGAUAUCUCAGCUCCUUUUGGCGCUACAUCUACCACUGUGACAUGGACGGAACCCACGGCAAGUGAUAGCGGUUUUCAACUAACUGUUAGCUCUGAUAACAGCCCUGGUGCAAACUUUCCGAUUGGAGUCACAACUGUAACUUACACAGCUACGGAUAGGAGCGGACUGAACUCACAGUGUACUUUUAAUGUAAUUGUGCGUGCGGGAGUAGUCGAUAACAUAAGGCCAGUACUAACCUGUCCAUCCUUCACGCCGCAAGUAGUUGAACUUGGUACAGACGCGGUAGAACUGUCUUUUAACGAUCCUGAAAUCAUGGAUGAAUCCAAUACGGCAAUCAUAUCAUAUCGAAGCCAUAACUUUCCUUUUAACUUCAGCGUCAGUGUAGCGACUACCGUUAAAUUUGAGGCCAUGGAUCAAGCAGGAAACGUGGGAUCAUGUUCCUUCCCGGUUUUCUUCAGGGGAGCUGAUCGUACUCCGCCAACCGUUAUGUGUCCAGACCCAAUAAACCGCACAGUCGAGCUCGGACAGGGUUUUAUCAAUGUUUCUUUCCCGGACGCGAAUGCAACAGAUUUCAGUGUUGUCACUCUCGUGAGUCAGAGUCACACUUCGGGUGACACCUUUCCUGUAGGCGAGACAAAUGUCACAUUCGUCUUCAAGGAUGAGGGCGCGAACAUCGGGGAAUGCAGUUUUCCAAUUUCCGUUGUCGCUGUCGAUACCACACCACCGGAAGUUAUAUGUCCUUCCAUUUUCUAUGAGACGGUGGAACUCGGUCUUAACAACACGACAAUAAUCUUUCCAAAUGUAACGGCGAAUGCAACAGAUAUAUCGGGCAUGCCAUCUCUUUUCAGCAUUACACCACCGUCGGGAUCGGUAUUUAAUAUUGGACAAACCCUUGUUACCGUCGUUUUCACCGACAUGAGCAACAAUCUUGGCAAUUGUACAUUCACUGUCAAUGUUACAAUGCAGGAUACUACUCCACCAAUGCUAACAUGUCCUGAAACCAUCAUCCAUGAAAUUGAAAUCGGUCUGGGACCAGUGAAUGUGUCCUUUGACGAUCCUGCAUUUUCCGAUGCAUCCAACACGGCAAUGAUAGUGUCACGAAGUCACAACUCGGGUACCUUCUUUCCUGCUGGAGCGGUCACUCUGGUCAACUUCACCGCUGCUGAUGAGAGUGGAAACCACGCAUCAUGCUCCCUCGCCAUCUUCAUUAUGGAAGUUGAUAGGACUGACCCGUUGCUGUUCUGUCCAACCAACAUCAUAGAAGAAGUGGAGCUGGGAUUGUCGACUUUAAGCAUUCCUUUCGACAAUCCGACUAUCAUGGACGCGUCCAACACUGCAAUGAUUACAUCAUCGAGCCAUACAUCUCCCUGGAUGUUCCCAGUAGGUGAAACAACCACUGUUACUUUUGAUGGCAGAGAUGAGAGUGGGAAUGAAGGCUCCUGCUCACUCAACGUCACAGUAAAUACAGUUGACUCGACCAAUCCGUUCCUUGUGUGUCCUGCAGACGUCAACAUGACCAUUGAGUUAGGACCAACAGAAUAUGAGAUUCCUUUUCUUGACGCUAUUGUCGUUGACUUGGCAAUAACCACCCUAUCAUCAAGUCACACUCCCCCAGGACCGUUUCCUGUAGGUUCUACUACUGUUGUAACAUUCACAGCCAUCGAUGAGAGUGGAAAUCAGGGCAAUUGUUCGUUUAGCAUUGAUUUCAAUAUAGUUGACACAACAGGACCAACUGUCACAUGUCCACCUAGCGUCACGGAAAUAGUGGAGAGUACCCAACCAGCAGUGGUCACCUUCGACAAUGCUACAGCCACUGACCUGUCCGGCGUCGUGAUAUUUGUUUCUCAAUCUGCCCAGUCCGGAGGUGUAUUUCCAUUCGGAUUGUCAACCGUGACUUUCACCUUCCAAGAUUCUUCUGGCAAUAAUGGCUCCUGUGAUCUAUCAAUCACUGUGGAUACGGACCAGUGUCUGAGUUCCCCAUGCAUGAAUGGAGUCUGCAUUGAUAGGGUCAACAGUUUCGAAUGCAUCUGCGAUCCCGGAUUUGAUGGACCUGUAUGUGACACUGCUGACAACACGCCACCUGUAGUAACCUGUCCGACAAACAUUGAGCAAACUGUCGAAUUGGGUCAACCAGGUCCAUUUCAAGUUACCUUUGACAACGCCACAGCUAUAGAUACAUCAGGCACUGUUAGUCUGCUCAAUAGGUCACAUGACUCCGGUGAAAACUUCCCCAUUGGUCAAACGGUUGUGACGUUUGUUUUCGGUGAUGGCAGUGGAAAUUUCAACAAUUGCAGUUUUCUAAUCACAAUCAAUGAAGUUGAUGAAACCCCACCUGUGCCCUCCUGCCACGAUGACAUAGUGGACACGGUCGAGUCUGGUGUCCCCGGGAAGAGAGUGACCUUUGGCCUCGUGAAUGCUACCGACAACUCGGAAUCAGCCACACUCGUGACACACAGUCCCGUCUCAGGAUCUCUGUUUCCGGUGGGCUCUACGUCAGUGAUAUUCCUCUUUACAGACAUGGCUGGAAACCAGGCUUCAUGCUUCUUUUAUGUCAACAUCAUGGAAGCCGACAAUUUACCACCAGAGGCCAUUUGUCCCGAAAACGUUACCGGCACUGCACAGCCCGGUAGUAGCUACGCAGCGGUGAAUUUUACUCCUCCUGUAGCCACCGACAACUCGGGCAUGGCAAGUCUUGUUAGCAUUUCUUCAGAGCCCGGGAGUAACUUCACCGUCGGCACAACCGUUGUAACGGCUACCUUCCAGGAUCCUACGGGAAACAGCGCUUCAUGCUCUUUUGCUGUCGUCGUUGAUGGCGAAAACUCAACCGUCACUGUGAGUGAUCUUGGUAAUGAUUUCCUCGAACUGACGUGGACCAACGACAUCAGCAUGGACAUCAUCGCCUACACCAUUUUAUUGGGAGAUACCGACGGUGCAGUGAUUGAGAGACGAAGCUUUGCGCCAUCAAUGACCAUGAUCACUCAACGGUUUGAGCAGCUUACACCGGGAACGCAGUACACAAUAGAUAUUGAUGCUGUUAUCAGCUCUACUAUGACAAUGGUUUACUUUGCCGGUUUGAGCGUUGUAACAAGACCAAAGACUGCAGUCAAUUUUACCGUGUAUGAACUCAGUGACUCCUCAUACUUCUUCCGGUGGGACUCUCCUGCCCUUCCCGACAACUUCUUCAUCGACUACAUCUUGAGGUACAACAGUUCGAUCUCUUCAACCGACGAAGUAAACCUUCUACCACCAAGACAGAGCCAUGGCAUGGGAGGACUAAUACCCGGAUCAUUUUAUGCCUUUGAAUUUUUCACCAGCAUCGGACCGACGCUGAGUACUCCUUCAGAUGUUUUGAGAGUUCCCCAAGUUUACGUCCGUAGCAAUAAUGAAUGA